AUGUCGAAGCUGCAGAAACAUUUUAUUGGUUUUACAUUUACUGGCCAGAAGACAACAUGGGAAGAGUUUUUCAGUAAUGGAACAAAAACAUAUUAUAGCCCCGGAGCUUCCCGGUCUCAAUUCUUUCCACCCCUUAAAAAAGCGAUGCUCCCACCGGAUAGUUUCAAAGGAAAAGUGGCAUUCAUUACCGGAGGAGGGACUGGCCUCGGUAAAGGAAUGGCCACCGUCCUAUCCAGCCUGGGAGCCCAGUGUGUGAUCGCUAGCCGGAACAUUGAUGUUUUGAAAACAACGGCUGAAGAAAUUUCUUCUCAAACUGGAAAUAAGGUUCAUCCACUUCAGUGUGACGUGAGGGAUCCUGCUAUGGUUCAAAACGCGGUGUUAGAACUGAUCAGAGUUGCAGGCCACCCUGACGUAGUGAUAAACAAUGCAGCAGGAAACUUUAUUGCCCCCAGUGAACGGCUCUCUCCUAAUGCUUGGAAGACCAUAACAGACAUCGUUCUAAAUGGUACUGCCUAUGUGACACUAGAAAUUGGAAAGCAACUAAUUAAAGCACAGAAAGGAGCAGCGUUUCUAGCUAUUACAACCAUCUAUGCCGAGACUGGAUCAGGUUUUGUAGCACCAAGUGCUUCUGCCAAAGCAGGAGUCGAAGCCCUGUGCAAAUCUCUUGCAGCUGAAUGGGGUAAAUAUGGAAUGCGAUUCAACAUAAUUCAACCAGGACCUAUAAAAACCAAAAGAGAUCUGUGA